UGUCCAUGAUGAUGAAGAUUUCUCUGUCUGCGCUGCUGCUGCUGCUGCUCUGCUCUCUGUGUGGGGCACACAGCCUGGCUGAGGGUGGAGAUGUGCAGGAGUCCAGCAGCCUGCAGCAGGAUGGUGUAGCAGUAGAGGGAAACAUGAAAUAUGUCGACAACUCCUGCCAACUAUUCAUCGGUCUGAGGGAUGAAGUCCGUGAACUGAGAGAGACUGUGUCCACCCUCCGGAGCCAACUACAAGAGCAAAAGAGAGAAGAACAAGUAGCGUUUGGUACCUCACUGGGUCCUUAUGGACAACAGGGUCCAUAUAACACUGAGAUUACUCUGGUUUAUAAGGAUGUGUUUGUCAACGCUGGGAAUGCGUACAACCCAACAACAGGUAUCUUCACUGCACCAGUGAGAGGUGUCUACUACUUCAGCUUCUCUGGUCACCAUAGCUCAUCCAGAUCCAUGGGUCUCAGACUAUUCAAGAAUGGCCAGCAAAUGGUGACGGUGUACAACCAUGCUGCAGGUAACCGCUAUGAGACUGCAACAAAUGGAAUGACCCUACAGCUAGAGACGGGCGACCAUGUGGAUAUGCGGCUUAUGGCAAACACAUGGCUUUUUGAUAAUGAAAAUGACCACAGCACUUUCAUUGGCCAUUUGCUGUUUCCACUGUAA